AACAAAAGCAGCAGCAGGAUUUUCGGACAAAGCGGGCGUGUGGCGUGAGGGGAAGGCCGGCGUCGAAGAGCACUCUGUGUGGGCCCUGAGCGUGCAGAGCAGCAGCCGAAACUUCACUGUUCCCAUCAGCUUGGAAAUAACAUGUGGCUCUUGACAGCUCUGCUUCUUUGGGUUCCAGCUGGUGCGCAAGCGGACCUUACAAAGGCAGUGAUCACCUUGCAGCCUCCAUGGGUCAGUGUAUUUCAAGAGGAAAACAUAACCUUAUGGUGUGAGGGACCCCAUUUGCCUGGGAACAGCUCUACACGGUGGUUUCUCAAUGGCACAGCCUUUCAGACCUUGACCCCCAGAUAUAGAAUCGCUGCUGCCAGUGUCAGUGACACUGGUGAAUACAGGUGCCAGACAGGUCUCUCAGUGCCAAGUGACCCAGUACGGCUGGAAAUCCACAGAGAUUGGCUACUACUCCAGGUCCAAAGCAGAGUCUUCACAGAAGGGGAACCUCUGACCUUAAGGUGUCAUGGAUGGAAGAAUAAGCUGGUAUACAAUGUGGUUUUCUACCAAAAUGACAAGGCCUUUAAGUUUUCUCCUCAGAAUUCUGAAUUCACCAUUCUGAAAACCAGCCUGAGUCACAAUGGCAUCUAUCACUGCUCAGGCAUGGGAAGGCAUCGCUACACAUCACCAGGAGUCUCUAUCACUGUGAAAGAGCUAUUUCUGGCCCCAGUGCUAAAAGCAUCCUUGUCAUUACCACUCCUGGAGGGGCAUCUGGUCAACCUGAGCUGUGAAACAAAGUUGCUCCUACAGAGACCUGGUUUGCAACUUUACUUCUCCUUCUACACGGGCAGCAAGACCCUGAUGAGCAGGAACACAUCCUCUGGAUACCAGAUACUAACUGCUAAAAGAGAAGAUUCAGGGCUAUACUGGUGUGAGGCUACCACAGAAGAUGGCAGUAUUGUCAAGCGCAGCCCUGAGUUGGAACUUCAAGUGCUUGGCCUCCAGACACCAACUCCUGUUUGGUUUCACGUCCUUUUCUAUCUGGCAGUGGGAAUGGUAUUUUUGGUGGACACCAUUCUCUGUAUGAUUAUACAUAAGGAACUGCAAAAACAGAAACAGUGGAAUUUAGAAAUCUCUUUGGGCUCUGGUCCUAAGAAAAAUGUAACUUCCUACCUUCAAGAAGAUAGAUACUUAGAAGACUUAGAGCUGAAAUGUCAGGAACCAGAACAGCCGCAAGAAAGGAUACACCACAAGUCCCUAGAGGGAGGGCAGCAGUAGCGGCCCAGUGGGUGCCCACGGGUUUAGACAGCCCCUCCCUCUUCUUAUCCGGGCAAGCACUGGGGCACAAACAGCCGGAACUUUAGACACUGAACUGUGAGUCCCAUGAUAAUCUGACUCACUCAAAUAAAGCAAACAAAUGAAUGGA